AUCUAUCAGCUGUUUAUUAGGAACGUAGGCUACCCGCGGACUUCAUUCAGCGCGAUUCAGCGACUACAAGAGAAUAUCUGUUUUUGAAAAGGAUUAUACACAUACUUGACUGUAAUAAGAAAUUAUCUUCAAACAAUCGACUACCCCGUUAAGGACAAGAUUUCCGAAGUUUGACACUAUGGAUCUGCUCAUCAAAUUCAUGAACGGGCAAACUUUUAGUUUGUCAGUGGAACUGAAUACAACCGUCGAUCAGCUGAAGAAACAGAUUGAAAUCCAACAGGGCACACAUAGCGCCAGGCAGCGCCUAUCUGUGCAGAAUGGGCAGAGAAGGGACCUGACUGAUGGGUCCAGAAUACUGGCGGAGUAUGGAGUGCGCUCGGGGUCUACAGUUAUCGUGCUGGUAACUGAGCCUGCUCCCGUACAAGCCCAGUCUGCUCCCAUACAGGUGUUCCUGCAGACAGAAAAGGGUGCGAUGCAUACUUAUGAAAUCGCUCCCGGUGAGACGGUGUUGGAGUUCAAGAAGAAGGUCUUCAAUAAGGAGCGCGUCCCUGUUGACCAACAAAGGCUGAUCUACGGGGGAAGGCAGAUGGAAGACCACAAGAAACUGGAGGACUAUGGUGUUAAGAAAGAGAGCACCAUCUUUCUCACUCUGCGUCUGAGAGGAGGCUAACAAUGAGGAAGGAAUGAUUUUGCUAAAGCAUUAAUCAAAAAUGCUAAAUAACAUUUAAUCAUUCUAGUGGAGGUAACUGUUUACUCAAGGCAUUUGUUAACAUGUUUUAUUUAAUAGAGAACUCAAUAUAACGUAAAGUUGUUUGGGCAAAAGACAACAUUUUUUUGAGACAACAAAAAAUUUUAUUUAUGUUCUGUGAAAAUCUUUGGAUGUUAGCAAACUGCUGAGCAUUACAAUGUUAUUAGGCCUAUUACUAACCUGUUUAAUACCGUUCUACAUUUAUUUA